ACUAUAAACUCGCACGCUCUCAGAAAAAUUUUCCGCGAACGCGGAAACCAGAACCUUGUCGAAAAUUGGAGAUGUCGAAAUAUUUGAUUAACUUACAUUAGUCUUUACUUAAAAUUAUGCAGGUCAAUCACAGUUUCGAACUUGAAUUCAAUCAUGACGACCCCGUCGGCAGAGAUCGUCGAGGAAGAAUUGCGGGACAAGGACGCGCACGGAAGCGUUAAAGAUGCUGCGAUCAAUUUCACCGCUGGAUCACUCGGCGGCAUUGCCGGCGUGUACGUGGGUCAGCCCCUGGACACGGUCAAGGUCAAGAUGCAGGCAUUCCCUCAACUCUACACGAACAUGUUCAAAUGCCUCUCAGACACCUACAGGAAGGAUGGCAUUUGGAGAGGGCUCUACGCAGGAACCAUUCCCGCCGUGGUGGCAAAUGUGGCAGAAAACUCGGUCUUGUUUGCUGGCUACGGGACUAUGCAAAGCAUUGCCGCGCAAAUCGUCGGAGUUAAGUCUCCGAAAGAACUGCCUAGUCUCGCAAAUGCAUGCUGUGGGUCAGCAGCUGCUUUUUUCUGCGCAUUGACCUUGUGCCCGACGGAGUUGAUCAAAUGCAAAUUGCAGGCCAUGCGAGAAACCGGAGCAAAACGAGUUUGCGAAACAACUGGACAAAAGGUUCCGUGGACACCUUAUGCACUGACUGCACAUGUGAUCAGAACAGAAGGCUUCAAGGGAAUGUUUCGAGGCCUGGGUUCAACCAUGAUCCGAGAAAUGGCGGGAUACUUUUUCUUCUUCGGGGGUUACGAACUGACCAGAGAAUUACUGACACCCCCUGGGAAAACCAAGGAAGAAAUAGGCAUCGGGAGAACAAUAGUAUCAGGUGGAAUCGGAGGAAUGACUCUCUGGACAGUGAUUUUCCCCUUCGACGUAGUAAAAUCAAGAGUUCAAAUUCAAGGUUCAGACGCAGGCGUUGUGACGGUCAUAAAAGAAAUUUACACCAAAGAAGGAGAGCGACAUCUAUUUGAUUCUGGAUUGCCGAUUCAAAGUCUGCCGCCUGAUGGCGUUCCUAGACUCUGA